UCAUGAUGGGAAAACAAUAAUGGCGUAUUCGGUCAACAUCUCUGUAGAGGCACCGAUCGAGAAUCAAAUCCAGGAAAUCACUUACGAUGGUCAGGAAAUUUAUCAAGCGCCCCUUACGUUAUCAGAGAAUUUGGCAAAAAUCGCGCAAAAAAUCGAUUUUAGUAAAACCAACGGCGAAGAUGUUAAAAAGGAGUCCGAAAGUGGAGAUAAGGGAGAGGAAGACACAAAAGAUGCAGCUUCUUUUCAGUCUUCCUUAUGGCCGUGGGACAGUGUCAGAAACAAAUUGAGAAAUGCAUUAACAGAAGUAUGUGUGCUAGCAGAUGUUCUUGCAAUAGCGAAAGAGAAGCAUUAUAUGGUUCUAGAUCCAGUGCCACAAGAACAGGCUGAAGUGAAACCCAUGAUUCAGGUAUAUGCUAGAAAGAAAGCAUUGGCUGGAGCUGCUUCAGUGAUCAUGAUGGGUGCAGAUAGAUUAAAGAACUGUCAGAAUGAGUUAGCUAGAAACAGAUCAACACCAGACUUCCAUAUUGAAUUGUUGAGAUUACGACAAAACUGGCGUUUGAAAAAAGUUUCUAACUCAAUUAUUGGAGACCUUAGUUAUAGAACAGCUGGUUCCAAGUUUCCUCAAACAGGUAUGUUCGAAGUAACAAAGGCAGAAGAGGAAGAAAAGAGUAAUAGUCCACCUGCCUCUCCCAGUGCUGGUAACAAUGUGUCGGGUCCAACUCAUCAUCCUUCUAAUCCAAAAGCGUCGGCAUUACGUGUUACUAUACCUAGUGAAUUACAAGGUGUUGCCUAUAUAGAAGUACUGUGCCAAAAAGACCAAGAGGAUCUCUGCAGUGCAAAUAUUAGUUUACUUAACAACAGUGCACACAGUUCGAAUGCAGACAUGCAUUGGCAGCAGAAGUUAGAAGCCGCUCAAAAUGUUCUCUUUUGCAAAGAAUUGUUCAGUCAACUGGCAAGGGAGGCGGUACAUUUGCGUGCACCUAUACCUCAUAUGGUUGUUGGAAAUCAAAUAAUGGCAACGGUACUUCCUGGAAUUCAAUUAAUAAUAGGACUCUGUCAUAGUACAGGGAACGAUAAAAAGCCCACUGCUCCUCCUCCCCACAAAAGUGAUCAUGAUCAUGUACUUGAACAUUCCUUACAUCAGUUGCUUCGUGAAGUGCAUCACAAGAAUACUCAUCAUCCGUUUCCCCAUCCUUCUUCGGGACCGCUUGGGCCUAGCAAACGAAGAUGCUUAGCGGGUCCAACGGCAGCUGAUAGAUACGAACUCUUAGAAAUGACGAAAAGUCAAACUUUGUUAGAACAAAUAAUCCAACAAGCGCAACACUUCUUCAUGCGACUGCGAACAGAGUACGUUUUAGAUACAAUAGCGAAAGAAGUUAAAGAUCCUUUAAUCGUUUCUCAUUGGAACGCGUUGAAUUCCCCUACGCAGUCCUGUGUUAAAAUUAACAUUUUAACGCACGGGUACGAUAGCGUGUGUAGAACGUCACUUGUUGUUCACGUUGGGGAGAAAUCGUUAAAAUGCGUCUGCAGAGACGGUAGAGUGAUGCAUAUGAGCUACGAACCUCAAGAACUAAGGGACCUAAUCUUCUGUCAGAUUUAUCAGCACCAAAUAACAGCAGUACAAGCGUUAGCGAAAUGUAUGGGUUGGCAAUUUUUAGCCAAUAGUUCACAUCUUGGUUUAGGGGCGGUUGAACCUUUAGGAAAUGCUAGCAGUUGUAUUUUAGCAUCACCAAUAGGCGACAGGAUGAUUGCUGUCAGAUGUGAACCACAAACUGGAGUACAAGUAGCAAUAGCUCAUUCCCCUAGGAAAGACUUUUUCCCUGGUCAAUUAGUGAGAGAAAGAAAAUGGGAGAAUCUAGGCGGCUCCUUCAAAGAGGUCCGGUGGGAUAAAAUGGAAGGAAAGAACUUCUUAAAUAAAAUGGAACUUCUGAUGGCUUCCUUGACAAGCUCAUAGAUUUCACCGUCGACUGAUUAGGAAUCCAAUUGUUCCACAGGGUGAAAAUUCACAAUUGUACUUCUUUUAGAUUUUUAUCUUUAAUCUAAUAUGCAAAAUACAUUUCUUAAUUGUACUAAUUGAUCAACGGAUGACGACUUUGAGUAAAAUCUGUCCUGUCUGUGAUUAAUAUUAUUUUCCAUUUUUAUGUACCUUCAU